AUGAACGGAGGCCCAUCUGGUUUCACAAAUGCUCCUGUUACAAGGGCUUUCAUCAUCGCUUCAGCGCUUUUCUCAAUCUUCUUUGGGAUCCAGGGUCGUUUCAACACUCUGGGGUUGUCGUAUCAGGAUAUUUUUGGAAAGCUUCGUGUUUGGAAGUUGAUUAUGUCGUUAUUUUCCUUCACAUCAACACCGGAGUUGAUGUUUGGACUAUAUCUUCUGUAUUACUUCAGGGUGUUUGAGAGACAAAUUGGUUCCAAUAAAUACUCGGUGUUUAUUGUGUUCUCUGUAUUGGCUUCACUACUGUUUGAAGUUUUUGCUGUGGCAUUUUUAAAAGAUCCUUCAGCAACCCCAGUCACUCCUGGACCUUAUGGCCUUAUAUUUGCUUCGUUUGUACCCUUUUUCUUUGACAUUCCUGUUUCGACUCGGUUCCGUUUAUUUGGUUUCCACUUCUCAGAUAAGUCAUUCAUAUAUCUAGCUGGUCUUCAGCUUCUACUGUCAUCAUGGAAAAGGUCCAUCUUACCAGGGGUGUGUGGCAUCCUUGCUGGUUCCUUAUACCGUUUGAAUGUCUUUCAUAUCCGCAAAGCAAAGUUCCCGGAGUUUAUUUCAUCAUUCUUUUCACGAAUUUCCUUGCCAUCUAUGGGGAGUCCACGCAUAACACCAACGAGGAAUGUCUUGGGCAAUGUUCCAUCCUACCCAGGUCGCCAAAUGGAGAGAAACUAUCCUGCUCCAGUGCAUUCUGCAGUAGAACCGUCGGAAGACUCAAUUGCAACCCUUGUUUCAAUGGGAUUUGACAGGAAUUCUGCAAGACAAGCCUUAGUGCAGGCCAGAAAUGAUGUGAAUGUAGCGACAAACAUCCUUCUAGAAGCACAGGCUCACUAA